AUGAAGAGAGAUAGAUAAUUAUUUGAAGCUUAAUUUAUAGAUAAUUUUAUAUAGUAAUUAUAUAUUAAUAUUAUAAGAUGUCCAUUUGUAUUCUUGUAACCAAAAAUAAAUAAAAUCCAAUAGUUUCACAACAGUUAGGUUAAAUAAUAAGAUUAAAUUUCUAUAUCGAAAUACAAUCAAGAACAAGAGAAACUCUAAAUGGUGUAUAAGAAGAAGCACUAAAAAUAUUAGUUGGAAAUUUAACCGAAUAGUAAAUCAAUUAUUUUAUUAUAGAGAAUAUACUGAUGAAUAUAUAGAAUUAUAGAAACUUAAAAUUAUAUUAACUUAUUGAUUAACAUUAACUAAUUUUUAACAAUAUCUUUAGAAUUUUAAUUGAGAUAAAAAUAGUAUUAGAUUAAUAAAUUCCAGAUGAAACAUCUAAAACUAUAAAAGAUUCUCAAUCUCCAACAACUAGCGAAAUUUAAAAGGUAUUUUAAAAGAAAAGUACAAAAACAUCAGCAGCAAAAGGUGUGACAACAGAUUUGAAAGAUGUAAUAGAUAUUAAGAUUGAAAAGAAGUAUUAUUAAUUUCUAAAAAAAAUUAAUUUGGAAUAGAAAAAUCAAAAGCAUUAUAAGUAUUAAAAAAAUAUAUUUAAGAAAAAGAACUUGAAGUAUUAGAAUAAUAAUAAUAAUUUGCUAUUCGCAAUAGUUAAAUUCAAAAUAAUAAAUUAUAUCAAAAGUAAAUUUAAAUAUACCACGAAGAUCAUCUAAUGUUGAUGAAUUCAGUAAUCUAUUAGUAUCAUAAAAAUUUGGAAAUCUAACUCAUUAAUUAGAUUAAGAAUAAAAUAAAUGGUUUAUAAAAUAAUUAAGUUAAAACAGUGAGAAUAGUGAAAUGUAAGAAUCAUUAAUAAUAAUUGAGAAUAAAGGUAAAAAAAUAUAGAUUGGAGGGGAUAAAAGAAAAAAGAAAAGAAAAACAACUUUAUAACUAGAAUAAUAAUCUUAACGUAAAUAUUAUUAAAAUUAAUAACCAAAUUUAAGCCAAAGUGUAUUAUAAAAAUAAUAAUUAAUGAUUAUAUUAGAUUAGAAAUUAAAAAUGAUUAAGUAUUGGAGAUUCUAAAAAAUAAAUUUAAGCAAAUCAUAUGACAUGGGUUAUCUAGAUUGA